AUGUCAUAUAAUAGACCUAGGUCAAGAAGUCCAAGAAGGCAACGAAAAUCCCGCUUCACCGACUAUGACCCAAUAGAUGACGAAAAAGAUAUCCUUAAAAGUUUAGAAACAGUCAAAAAUGCCCAAACUUCAAAAGUCGACCGAAAACUCUAUGUUGGAAAUCUCCCAGCCGGUAUCACUCAAAGCCAGCUAGUCGACCUUCUCAACACAGCUUUAAUAAACAAAAAACUCAACGCAUACCCAGGCAGUCCAGUUCUCAGUGCUUGAAUAAGCCAAGACGGGCAUUAUGCAUUUGUUGAAUUUCGCAGCAUAGAAGAGGCAAACCUUGCAUUUUCUCUGAACAACUAUAAGCUUUUCCCCUUAUUUUGCCUAUUAAUAAUUUAUGCUAAAUUUUCUAGGCAAAAAUAAGGUAAAAAAACUAUACCCUAUUUUAGGACAAAAUCUUAAGGUAGGCAGACCUAACUUCCCCCCUUUAAAUUGGAACUAAAAAUUUUGUUCAAAUUUAAAGGGGGGUUAAAUUUUUUUGUUAAAAAAAUAUCAAUAUAAAAUUUUUUUAUAAAAAAAAAAAUUUCAAAAACUUAUCGAAUUAGAUCAAUGAAUUUGUUCAAUAUAAUACUAUUUACUCUUUAUCCUUUAAAACAAAGCAAGAUAUAACUAAAUUUUCAUUAUUAGUUAAUACGCCACUAUUAAUUGGUAUCAAAAUUAUUUACACAAAAUUAUUAUUUUUAUUGAUAAAAAAAAUUAAAAAUCAAAAAUUUUAGAAAAUUUAUCGAUAAAAGUGCUAAUUUUGUUUAAAUAAGAUGUUAUUUAUACUCUAUUCUUUAAAAUAAAGUAAGAAAUAAGUAAAUUUUGAAAUUUUAUAAAGAAUUCCUGUUGAAUUUAUAUCAAAACUUUUUAGAUAAAAAUUAUAUAGGGCUUUCCUUUGAAUAGCCCUAUAUAUAAUUUUUUAUUAUAAAAUUAAAUUUGUUCCAAUUUAAAGGGGGGUUAAUUUACCAAAAAAGUGGAAAUUUUACCUAUAUUUUGUUCCAUUUAAAGGGGGGGAGUAAGACUUAUAUGGGUCUCCAGCCCGCUUCAGUUACUGACAGAAACACUUUGAUGGGUGGAUAUACGCUGCCUACAAUUUCUGCAUUCGCAAAUAUUACUGAUGUGAAUAAGCAAGGUCCUUUAAAACCAAUGAAAGUCAAUUUGUCAAGCCAAAUAUUGUGUGUACAUGGAAUGGCGCCAAGAGAAGACCUUAUUAGUGAUGAAGAUUAUGAAAACCUUGUAUGUGAAAUAAAACAAGAAAUAGAACAGCUAGGACAAGUGAUGGAAAUUUAUAUACCAAGGUCAGGAAGGUCUAUUGGAAAUGUAUAUUUAGAGUUCCCAACUAUUCAGGAAGCUAAAUCAGUCAGAGGUUUUUUAAACAGCUUAACUUUUGAUGGGAAAAUACUAGAAGUCAGCUAUAUUCCUUAUCAAAAAUUCAAAGAAAGAGAUUUGGAAAAUACAAGUGAACUUCAAGUAUUUAUUAGUGCAUAA